GUAACCUGUGAGCACUUCAGAUUCAACCAGCAACGACCAACUCACCUUCCCAACCUUCAGAAAUGAAUCCAUUAUUCUUUGCCCUUCUACUCUUCACGUUGACUUUUGCCACCUUGAAAUUUUCCAUGGCUGCUAAAAUGAUGGUAAUCCCCCCAAACAUGUUUGAAAGCCAUUUGUUCAUAUUUAAAACCCUGGCAAAGGCAUUGCAUGAACAGGGGCAUGAGAUGGUUAUUGUGGUGUCAAUUGGCAGAAAAAUUGAGGAGUCACCAUACUACAGAAUUCAGCAGUACCCAGGACUAUUUACCACACAAAGUGCGGAUGACUUUCUUCAGGAGAAAAUGAGGAAUAUCUUCGCGGGGAAGUUAACUUCGCUGGAACUCUUCACCAUUUUGGACAGAUACACUGCUAACUGUGACAUCAUGGUGAGAAAUCAAGACUUGGCACAUAGGCUGAAAGAAGAACAGUUUGAUUUGUUGCUGGUUGACCCGAAUGAAAUGUGUGGCUUUGUCUACGCUCAAAUCCUGGGUGUGAAGCACAUCAUGUUCUCCACUGGACUCUGGUUUCCAGCUGAGCUUGGGGCACCUUCGUCGCUCUCUUACGUUCCAGAGUUUAACUCCCUGAUGACGGAUCGGAUGAAUCUACUGGAGCGUGCUUGGAAUGCUUUGAUUUACACUGUCAGCAGAAUAGGCACCAAAUAUGUUAUCCUUCCCAAGUAUGACGCGAUUUUGAAGAAACAUAGUAAAAACUCCAAAUCCAUGAUGGAGCUAAUCCAGGACACCAGCAUGUUUCUUCUUGGUACUGAUGUAGCUCUUGAGUUUCCGAGACCCAGUCUGCCCAACAUCGCGUUUGUGGGAGGAGUCCUCACAAAAGCUGCAAAUCCAUUGCCGGAAGAUCUGGCUACCUGGGUGGAAAGUGCCCACAGUGGUGUGGCGGUGAUAUCCUUUGGUGCUGGAGUUAAACAUCUUUCGGAUGAUUUAGCAGAAAAGCUAGCGGCAGCUUUUGCUCGCCUGCCUCAGAAAGUCCUUUGGAGAUAUUUUGGAAAAAAACCAAGGUGCUUGGGAAACAACACAAAACUGAUGGAGUGGAUACCACAGAAUGAUUUAUUAGGUCACCCAAAUGUAAAGGCAUUUUUCAGCCAUGGUGGGCUGAAUGGCAUCUUUGAAUCCAUUUAUCACGGUGUCCCAGUGGUAGGCAUUCCAUUCUUUGGUGACCACUAUGACAUUAUGACCAGAGUCCAUGCGAAAGGAAUGGGGAUUUUUCUGUCUUGGAACAGCAUGACAGAAGAGGAUAUUUACCAAGCCAUGGUCAGAGUGACCACACAUUCAAGGUACAAGAAACAGGCUUUGCAUUUAUCCAAACUGCACCGGGACCAACCGCUUCACCCUGUGAACCGCACCAUUUACUGGAUAGAGUAUGUGCUCCGACACCACGGAGCGAAUCAUCUACGUCCUGCUCUGUAUGACAUUUCCUUCUAUCAGUAUUAUCUGCUCGAUGUGCUUGCUCUGGUCACACUUGGGGUAGCUUUAACUUGUUACUGUUCUUUAAAACUGGUAAGAAAGUUAAAGAGAAACAUUUUACCACGUAAGGCUAAAAGCAGUCACAGUCGGAAUGGUUUCAAAAAUGGGAAGUUAGUAUCAACCAACAAAAAACAGAAAUAAUGUAUGGAAUUGCACACAAACUGGUAUUCAAAUUAGUAUUUUACAAGUACUGUAAAGAAAGAAACACUCUUAAUGUUCAUCUUGAACAUUCACUGAGGUUCCAAUAUCCCACAUAUUCUUCUUUCUAGUUAGUUGUUGACUAUUGCGUCCACCCAGCCCAUUGUUAGUUACAUCUCCAUGUGUUUUUGUGAACUGUAAAAGUGAGAAACACAAUAUUAUAGGAAAAACAUACUUGGAUUCCACAUGUAUUUAUAAGGCAACUGAGAAACUCUAGACAUUUUUGUUCUUCCCCCAUUUAUAUAUAGUCUUAAAAUGAAUAAUGUGCUGCUACAGAAAUUUGAUACUCAUUUUGCAAGGUAAACUCAUUCAGCCUCUAUGUAAAUCAGCACUGAUCAGCACAUGGUAGUAAUAUAUUUUGAAUCGCUUUUGCUGUUAUUACAACUAUUGACAUGAUUAUUGAUCUCAGAUUCAUUGGAGCACCAGUGCUACAGCUGAAACAGCCAUGUUAGCAAAGUUUAAAAAAAAAUGUAAACCUGUUUCUAUUACUUGAAAUGCCUGGUUAAAGAUUUGGUAGCCUUUGUCUAAAAGUAUCUAAUGUGAGUUUUUGAGCCUGAUUGUUGGAUCACUGAUGUGAAUGAAUGUAUGUAAAUAUUUUUAUAUAAAAUUUGCCUUUAGUUUCCAUUGUGUCUCUGAUCCAAUUACUGGUUCUAAAGCUGAGAAAUAUCUAUUCACCUGACAUGUAGGUGUAAUUUUUCUCUUUGAGCGAGAGGAAAUUGUACUUUUAUGUGAGAGUUAAACAAUGUAUUGUUUAACUUGGAAUUUAAGUGCCAAAAUUGCAAGAAUGACACCAACUACAGUAUUUGGAUGUGGAUAAGUUGAACAUGAAUUAUGGUUGCGUGGAAUGCUAAGAAUCAGCUCACACCUGAAUAGAAGACUUGGGCAAUGUAGUGAAAUCCAUUGUCACUAAACCAUCAUAACUCAGCAGCAAUAGACUAGGCAGGAAGAGAAAUGACUGAAACUGGGGAGGUGAAACUAAUUGUUCUCUGUCAAUGGGAAAAGUAAAGUAGGGCAGAAGUGUAGAGUUAGCCGAAUGCAGCUGUAUAGUAUUAAAGAGCACUGCAGUUUUCCUCAGAGCUCUCUGUAUCUAUGAAUUCUCAUUGUGUAUGUUGCAGAAAACAGUAAUCAGAAUGCAAAAUACCCACAAGUUGUUUUUCAAAGAUUGCCUUUAUUUGCAGAAAAAUACUCAUACUGUAGUUACAUGACAAGCAUUUCCCAAUUCACCCUUUAACACCCGUCUUCUUCUCUGUGACGUUUCUUGCAGCCAACUGUGGGCCAAAACCAAAAUAAAUGAAAAUGUGUACAUGCACGUUCCCAAAA